AUGAUGGAGCCGUUCACCGAGGAAGAGAAGCGACUGCUUCUCGCGGAGAUAAUCAAGAACAGCCAGCUGGAUGCCAAGAUUCUCGGAAGAUUUAUUAAAUCUAACCGUAUCGAGCCCAACUGGAUGCGAAUGCAGCUUCCAGCAGGCCGCCCUAUGGCUGAUUGCAUGCGAGCUGUCGAUGGUUUAGAUAUUAAACCGCGCGGCAGGAAGCGCAAGGUGACAUACAAAGAAGAGCCAGACAGCCAGAGUGGCAAGGAGGCCGCUUCGACAAGUUCUCAAGAGCUUCCUCCUCUUCCCCGGCCUUCUGUGCCCUCGAGACAUGUACCGAUCCUACCACGCCCCUCGUCGACUGAAUCUCGCGAGUCCCCCUCAUCUCAGCCAACUGCGCCCCUGCCGAAGAGGAAGAGAGGUCGCCCAUUGUAUGCAGGCAGGGAGGCAGCUGGUCACCAGCCCGCUAUUCUACGACAUAUUGCACCAAAGCCUUCCGAGGAGCCACGACGAGAGCAACCCAGACAGUUGCAACCAGCAAACGGCCCUGCGCCUCGCGCUAUUCUACCUAAAGUAUAUCGCGAAGUUCCCCAUCAAGGGGCUGUUCCACCAUCAAGCCAAGUCCCUCAUAUCCAAAAGCCAAAUGUCGGGCCAGCCGCGACAUCUUACUAUCCUCCUAUUUCCACCAAUCCACGCCCAGCUGUGGCUCGUCGAAAUGCGCGAAGACAGCUCCUCAGGCUUGAGAACGGCCUUCAGGGCCCCAUGAUCCAGAGAUUGGCAGAGCCCUCACCUCUUCGACCUCGAUCCCUCAGUGGGGUACAUCGAGUGACGACAGAAGAUGCCUCACCGGGGUUCAGACUUCAGCCCAGAGGCGACGACCGUGCCACUGCUGGAAAGUCUCGUCGAUCUCGGGCAUCGUCAGAGAGGCCGAGUUCGAAGUAG